AUGCUGGCCACUCGCACAUUCGCCGCGCCGGCGAGACAAUGCCUGCGGCGGGCAGCUCCGCGCAUGACACCCGCAGCCUCAUGGCGAGGCUAUGCCAAAACCUCCGACUCCGACAAGGUCGCCGUAUUCACGGGCACGAAGGGCAAUGACGGAAAAUUCCUCGUCACGCUCAUCGAGGGCGACGGCAUCGGGCCCGAGAUCUCGCAAUCCGUCAAGGACAUUUACUCUGCCGCGAAUGUCCCGAUCAAGUGGGAACCCGUAGAUGUUACUCCUCAGCUCAAGGACGGCAAGACGGUGAUCCCCGACGAGGCGAUCGACAGCGUGACGCGGAACAAGGUUGCCCUGAAGGGUCCUUUAGCUACUCCCAUAGGCAAAGGCCACGUCUCCCUCAACCUGACCCUCCGCCGGACCUUCAACCUCUUCGCAAACUUGCGUCCUUGCCGCUCAAUCCAAGGCUACAAGACGCCCUACGACAACGUCGACAUAGCUCUAAUCCGCGAGAACACCGAGGGCGAGUACUCCGGCAUCGAGCACGUGGUCGUGGACGGCGUGGUGCAGUCGAUCAAGCUGAUCACGCGCGAGGCCUCGGAGCGGGUCCUGCGCUUCGCGUUCCAGUACGCGCAGGACGUCGGGAAGAGGAAGGUGCGCGCGGUCCACAAGGCGACCAUCAUGAAGAUGAGCGAUGGCCUGUUCCUGAACACCGCCCGCGAGAUCAGCAAGGAGUUCCCGGAUGUCGAGUUUGAUGCUGAGCUGCUUGAUAACACGUGUCUGAAGAUCGUGACGGAUCCGACGCCGUAUAACGACAAGGUGCUCGUGAUGCCGAACUUGUACGGAGAUAUCCUGUCGGACAUGUGCGCGGGUUUGAUUGGCGGUCUGGGUCUGACGCCUAGUGGAAACAUCGGUGAUGAGUGCUCCAUCUUUGAGGCUGUGCACGGCAGCGCGCCAGAUAUCGCGGGCAAGGCGCUAGCGAACCCGACCGCGUUGCUGCUGAGCAGUAUCAUGAUGCUGCAGCACAUGGGCCUUAAUGAGCACGCGGACAAGAUCCAGAAGGCUAUCUUCGAGGUUCUGGCUGAGGGCAAGACGAUAACGGGUGACCUGGGCGGCAAGGCCAAGACGUACGAGUACGCGGAUGCUAUCAUUAAGAAGCUUAAGUAA